AUGACCUCCCCACCCCACCUCAACUCCGCGAGCGCACCCCAAAUUCGCAACCCACGCCGUCUCCUCAUCCUCUGCCCAAGCUCACACUCAACCUCGACGAUCCCAUCGCUCCUGUACUCCCUAACAGAAACCCCAGUCGCUGAUCCCCCGGCCUCCUUCGCAGGGUACACCACCCACCCUCCCCUCCGCCUCACAAACAAGUACUACACCGCCGAUAUCCCGAUAUGGGUUGACGAGAUCCCCCUCCCUGCGGCGGUGGAUGAACGCGCACACACACAAACACAAAAGCAGACACAAACACAGACAGGGGAUGAAGGGAAAACCUCUCCCUCACCCUCGCCCUCGCCCGCACAAUGGGCAGUCGAGUUCUCAGGCGAAGACGCACGGGUUGUCCGCGACGCGAUAGGGGCGCUGGUGCUCUGUAUUAAGAAUCUGGAGGAUACGAGCGCGAGUUUGCCUGCUGGUACGGGCACGGGCACGGAUACAGGUACAGGUGCAGGUUCACCCGGGUCCGGAGACGACGUGAAAAGGCUCAAGGAGUUUCUUUCUGCGGUUGGCCGGGUCAAGAACGUAAUUGAGGAGGAGCGCGGGGAGGUCGGGGAUGUCCCUGUGCUGCUGGUAUUAGUAGGAGGAGCAAGAGGACAUAAAGAUGCGCGAGUGCGCGGCGAGGACGCCGAUUUGGAGGAGUUGGAUGGUGCGAGCGAUGAACCGUUUUCUGUUGGGUGGUGGGAGGAUCAGCUGUUUGAGAUGGGGAUGGUGGGGGUGGAGGUGCUCGAGUGGGAUCCGAAGGGGGAGGAGGGGGAGGAGCGGAAUGUUUACGGGGAAUACCAGGGUAUGCGGCGCAUUAGGGAGAUCCUCGAGACGCAUGACUGGGCUGCGCCGUCUGAGGAUGCGGAUCCCGGUGGGUUUAGCGACGAUGGUCUCGAGGAGCAUCUUCUGGGACUGGAUCGGGGGGAGAACGGGUUCGAUCUUGAGGUCAACGAGCUGGAACGCGAGAUGCUUGGGCUGCGGAUGGCGAUUGAGCAUGGAGGUGAUGACGGAGAUGAUCACGAUGAGGAUGAGGAAGACGACGACGGACUCAAGGUCGAGUCUUUGGAGGCUUUGAUGAUGCGGAUGCAGGCUAUCAGAGACAUGAGUUCCGAGUUACCGGAGAGUGAGCGCAAGAAAUUUGCUGCCAAAGCUGUACGAGAUAUCAUGAAAGAACUAUAG